AUGGACGGGUCGUCUCGACCUGACUCCAUGCGCUUCGGCCUGUCCGACACCAGUGACUCCGCCGGACCCAGCUCCGGGAAUGUCUCGGGGCGAACGGGGAAGGAGGACGUCAUGAUCACUCUGUCGGUCUCCCCUGAGCUACCUGUACCCCCACGAACCAGAUCUCCCUUGGCCCGAUCGCAUCUGCGCUCUCGAUCCCUGGUCGGCAUCCCCGGGAUGCCAUCGAUGAUGCGCGCCUACUCUUCCCCAGGGCUGGACUCUCGGGGUCGAUAUAUCUUCGUUAACGGCCGCGGCGUCCCCACGCCUCAUCCUUCCGUCGACGCAAAGCGGUCCACGCCCCUGCAGAUGCGCCCCGACGAUCACAUCGAAACCCGACUGGGGUCGCUGAACAUUUCGGAGACCAUCUCUGAAAAUGCCGAGCUCGAAACGGCUCCCCGAUCCCCAUCGUCACAAUCGGGCUCCUCGCCCGUGUUGAUGCCACAGACCUUCCCCCGUGUUGGUCGUCUACGCUCCACAUCGCCUUUGCACUUUCAACCCUCGAUCAACAGUCCCCCAUUCAUACAUACGUCGCCGAUGCUCGGCUCUAAGUACAACGAGUCCUAUCCGAGUCACUCGGCCUCAUCGACCUCCUCCGUUCCCUCAACUCCCUCCAGCAUUCGGUCCCGUAGCCCCAGUAUCUCCUCGUUGGAAACUAUCCCCGAUAUUCCCGAUGCGGAAGCGCAAGCUCUUGAAGAUGAACGCAUUGCCGAGCUGAAGGCAGCUGCCGACGCCGCUGACACCGCUGAGGACGCUAGCAACGCGAACCGACGUCGCGGCACCUCAGACGCCUCGCCCGCAACGAACACAUUUAACGCCAUGCGUGGAGGUUCCAGCAUAUAUGCUCCACGGAGUGAUAAGCGCAAGCGAUGGAGUGUUUGUGGUGCCGAGCGCCGACAAGACCUCGACCUGGAAACCAUCUGGGAGGACUAA